CCACCCAUCGUGCAUGUCGCCCACCCUGGUGUCGGCGCCCAGCGGCGCCGAGGAGUUUACGGAGGUGGUGGUGGUGCGGCACGGGGAGACCUCCGGGAACACCUCCCGCAUCCUCCAGGGACAAUUGGACCCAGAGCUAAAUGAGAUUGGUAGACAGCAAGCCCUUGUGGUGGCUCAUCGGCUGUCAAAAGAAGCCAAACCAGCUGCCAUAUACUCUUCUGAUUUGAAGCGUGCUGCUGAGACUGCAAAAAUUAUAGCAAAAGUGUGUGGUGUAACAAAUGUAAGUGCAUUCUGUUCUUUUUUCUGAACGAAAAUUGAAUAAGUGUGUUGCGCAUUCUGUCCCUUUACUCAUUUUUUUUUUCAGUUGGAGCUGAAUGAGGCACUGAGAGAAAUGCACAUGGGAUAUCUCCAAGGCUUGAAAUGGGAUGAUGCUGUAAAGAAAUAUCCAGAUGUUUUCAGAGCCUUUGACAUUUCUAAAAUUGCUGAGAGCAGAAAUCAAGAAAUACCGGUAAAUUCACAG